AUGGCUGGAACCGGGAAAUCCACGAUAUCUCGAACUGUGGCAAAAUCACUCAAGGAGACCAAACACCUAGGAGCAAGCUUUUUCUUUAAAAGGGGCGAAGGUGAUCGAGGAAAUGCCACAAGACUUCUCCCAACACUUGCAAGGCAACUAGUGCUUAAUUUUCCUGGGCUAAUUUCUGGCCUGCAGAAGGCACUUCAUGACGACCCGGACAUUGCUUCAAAAUCGCUAAAAGAGCAGUUUGAUAAAAUACUCCUUCAACCACUGCUUGACUUUAACCAACUUGAUAAGCAAUCUCCUCAUACCGCUGUGAUAGUGAUCGAUGCCUUGGACGAAUGUGAACAUGAUCAAGAUGUACGAACCAUAAUCAGAUUAUUGCCUCUUCUACAAAAGGCACCCGCGAUUCGCCUUCGUGUAUUCUUAACAAGCCGACCUGAACUGUCGAUUCGCCUCGGCUUUUUAGAGAUCGCGAACCAUGAUUACCAGGACCUAGUUCUUCAUGAUAUCUCCAUAAAAGCGACAGAACAGGAUAUAUAUCUAUUCCUGAAGGACAGAUUUGCGAAGAUCAGACACGAUAGAAAUAUUUCUCGAGACUGGCCGAGCGAUAACGUCAUCCAACAAUUAGUUAGAAUGUCAGCUCCACUGUUCAUUUGUGCCGCCACCGUGUGCCGAUACAUCGAGAAUCUAAGAUGGGAACCUGUAUUACGGCUGACGGAGCUAUUAAAGGACCAAGCCAAAUAUGCCGCUAAGAUGGACAAGACGUACCUGCCAAUUCUGACGCAGCUGAUAGAUGACCAAGAAAAUGAUGAGUCAGAACAGCAGCAGCUCUUGCAAGAGUUCCAGGAAAUAGUCGGUGUCAUCAUUCUUCUCGCUGUUCCACUUUCAAUCAAUGCGCUCUCCCUAUUUCUUGAGCUUGAGCCAGAACUAAUUAGCAAUCGAUUAGAAUUAUUUCAAUCUGUUCUAAGUAUUCCGAAGAAACGAGAUCUGCCUGUUAGGACUUUACAUUUGUCAUUCCGAAAUUUCUUGGUCCGAUCCCAGAGCAGAUUCUUUGUGGACGAGCCCAAGAAACAUAUGGAUAUCGCCAUGCGCUGUCUUAUCACCAUGCGUGGUCGCUUAAAGAAAAAUAUUUGCAACCUGAAGGGCUAUGGAAUUCAAAGAACUGAGAUCGAUACCAUGUCUAUCCAUCAGCAUUUACCAACAGAGCUAAAAUAUUCCUGUCGCUAUUGGGUACAUCAUCUGUCACAGAGUAAGGAUGUUGCUGCUGCAAUAGAGGAUAUCUUCUUGUUUCUCCGAGAGCAUUUUAUACAUUGGUUGGAAGCAAUGAGCCUUCUAGGCGUCGUAUCAGAAGUUCUGGAGAUCAUUGAUCAAUUGCAGCUGGUGAUACGCGAUUAUAACGUAUCCAAUUUCCUACAUGAUGGCAGGCGGUUCGUCCUUAAAAAUAGACAGAUCGCUGAUGAGGCGCCCCUCCAACUUUAUAGCUCAGGACUUGUAUUUGCACCUAGGAUGGCAAUAGUUCGGAGGGAAUUUGAAGAAGAGCUCCCUAGUUGGAUAUGUAGGUUUCCAAAGGUUGAGGAAACCUGGAGCUCAGAAAUGCAGACUCUUGAGGGCCAUUCCGAGUCCGUCCAAUCUGUGGCAUUCUCCCCAGAUGGCCGAAUCCUGGCAUCCGGCUCGAGUGAUAAAACAGUCAGGCUGUGGAAUACCACCACGGGCGUGCUUGAGCAGACCCUUGAUGGCCAUUCCAAGUCUGUCCAGUCUGUGGCAUUCUCCCCUGACGGCCGAGUCCUAGCAUCCGGCUCAAGUGAUAAAACGGUUCGGCUGUGGGACACCGCUACGGGUGAGCUACAGCAGAUUUUCGAUCUUUAUUCUGAGUCUGUCCAGUCCGUAGCAUUCUCUCCAGAUGGGCGACAUCUGGCGUCCGGAUCAGAUGAUGGGACAGUCAGGCUCUGGGAUACCGCCAUAGGCGCGCUACAGCAGACCCUUUACGGCCAUACAGACAAGGUCCAGUCUGUUACAUUCUCCUCAGACGGCCAAUAUUUGGCGUCUGGAUCAAAUGAUAGGACUAUCAAACUCUGGGAUACCACUACUGGCGCGCUGCAGCAGACUCUAAAGGGCCAUUUAGACUCCGUCCAUUCUAUUGCAUUCUCCCCAGACUGUCUGCUCUUGGCGUCUGGCUCAAGAGACGAGACAUUCAAACUCUGGGACACAGGCACAGGCGCGCUCCGGCGAUCUCUCGAUUCUCAUUCAGAUUUGAUAUGUUAUCCAGAUUGGAUCGCAUCUGUGACAUUCUCCCCCGACGGCCGACUCCUGGCGUCCUGCUCAAAGGAUAGGUUGAUCCGGCUGUGGGAUACCGCCACAGGUGUGCUGCAGCAGGCUCUUGAGGGUCAUUCACAUUGUGUCCAAUCUGUAGCAUUCUCUCCCGACGGUGGAAUACUGGUGUCCGGGUCAACAGAUAAGACAGUCAGGCUAUGGGAUACCACUAUAGGUACAGGGCAGCAAACUCACGAGGGCCACUCAGAUUGGGUCUUGUCAAUAGUCUUCUCCCCAGAUGGCCGGCUCCUCGCGUCCGGCUCAAGCGACAAAACAGUUAGGCUAUGGGAUACUGCUACGGGCACACUACUACGGACUCUUAAGGGUCAUUCACGUUGUGUCCAGUCUGUGGCGUUUUCACCAGAUGGCCGAAUCCUAGCAUCCAGCUCAAAUGAUAAGACAGUCAGGUUCUGGGAUACUGCUACAGGUGCACGCAAGCAGAUUCUUAAGGGUCAUUUAGAUAUAGUCUGGUCUGUGGUAUUCUCCCCUAACGGCCGACUCCUAGCGUCCAGCUCAAGUGACAAAACAGUCAGGCUGUGGAAUGUCGCUGUAGGUACGUGGCAGCAGACUCUCGAUGGCCAUUCAGAUGAAGUCCGUUGUGUGGCAUUCUCCCUAGACGGCCAAUAUCUGGUGUCUGGAUCAAAUGAUAGGACGGCCAGGCUCUGGGAUACCGCCACAGGCGCGCUACAACAGACCCUCUCCGGCCAUUCAGGCAUUGUCCGAUCUGUUGCAUUUUCCUCUAAUGGCCGACUCCUAGCAUCUAGCUCAGAUGAUAAGACAGUCAGGCUCUGGGACACUGCCACAGGCGCGCUGCAGCAGAGUUUGGGUGUUCACGGGCUGGUCACCAACCUGGAAUUUGUCCAAGAUGAUUCACAUCUAAGUACCAAUCUGGGAUACCUUAAAACACAGUCCGAAUGUAAUAAUAAUGCCUCCUAUUUAUCUCAAGAGGAAGCUGGGAUAUUUAUUCUGAAUCGUCAGUGGAUAACCCUUCACCGCAGAAAGGUGCUGUGGCUUCCUCCUGAAUAUAGGCCUUGGUGUUCAGUGAUUAACGGGACUACACUUGCCUUGGGACACGAAUCUGGGCGGGUUUCAUUCAUAGGAUUUUGUGAUAUUGGACGUCAGUAG